UAGCUCACAUGACUACUGACUAAGCCCCUGUCAAUCUUUAAAAGCGGAGAGCAAGUUGGCAAUGGGCAGAGACAUCGAACCUAACUUCCAUCGAAGACGUUCACAAGAAGAGCGACUGAAGUAACGAGAAAGAAAAUGCCAUUGAACAACAUGAAGAGUGUGUCUGCAGUCGUCCUCUGUUUUGUUGUAUUUAGCGUGCUUUCAGAUGCUGUCUGGGUGAAAGAAGGAAAUUUCACCUUUUCUUUGGAGUCUGUGAAGACUCUGAAAAGCCUUAUGGACAGCAGUGCUGGGAGAAGCCUUCGCUUGGCUAAGACCAGCUCUGUUGCUGUCUGUGACAAUCCAGCAUUGCCUAUGGAGUUCCAGCCUUUGUGUCACCAACCAGGUGCAGGCAUGGCCUUCUUCAGACUUGCAUCCGUUGAUCAUGACAUCUGCGAGAUCUGCGCGUUUGCUGCUUGCACUGGCUGUUAAAGAAACCUGUAAAUGAUAGACUGUCCUGUGUAUACGUGUGUAUUCAUGCAAAUGUAAUUAUCAUCAUUAUCGAUAAUGUGACUGAUUUGUGUUUAUAUGGUAUAAAUAUAUUAAGAACUCUACAAGUUCCGCUGCAUAAUGAGGCACUUGGCCAAUGUGAUAAAAAUAUUCUAUGCACCAUUCACACAGAACAGCUAGUAACAUUGAAAAAUGAAUUAAUUCAAGCUGGGUUAAUAAGCUCUUCCAUUAUUUGAGUACUUCCAUUGUUUUUUUUUUUACUUUAUUACAUGAUGUGAUCAGUUGUAUUCUCUGAAUAGAAUGUUGCAUAAAGCAACCUAUCUCCAGUUACAAAAUUUAAACUACUUUUAUACCGCUCUUUUCAUACCACUGUUAGAUGUUUUCUUUCGGUUUGAAGAAAAGCAUCUUAAGCAGUUGUUUAAAACUGAUAUAAUGAUGUAGCCUGUGUCUGUACUGCCAUGUCUUAUGUCUUUACUUCUGUAUUGUUUUCUGG